GAUGAGCUUCUAAAAAAGGAAGUCCGCCUUAUCGACUAUGAGAAAAUGGUGGAUCAUAGAGGAAUACGGGUAGUGGCGUUUGGACAGUGGGCAGGUGUGGCAGCACAUCGGCAUGGCUCAUAACUACAGGAACAGCAGUCAGGCUGUGCAAGCUGUCCGCGACGCUGGCUAUGAAAUCUCUCUGGGUUUGAUGCCGAAGUCCAUAGGGCCCUUAACAUUUGUGUUCACGGGGACUGGUAACGUAUCUAAGGGAGCCCAAGAGAUCUUCAGUGAAUUACCUUGUGAAUACGUGGAGCCGCACGAAUUAAAAGAAGUUUCCCAAACUGGAGAUCUGAGGAAGGUGUACGGGACGGUGUUAAGUCGCCAUCAUCAUCUCGUCAGGAAGACCGACGGUGUGUAUGACCCCGUGGAGUAUGACAGGCACCCUGAGCGCUACACCAGCCGGUUUAGCACCGACAUCGCACCGUAUACAACUUGUUUAAUUAAUGGAAUCUACUGGGAACAGAACACCCCUCGUCUGCUCACUCGCCAAGAUGCUCAGAGUCUGCUGGCUCCAGGCAAGUCCUCAGGUGCUGGUGUUGAAGGCUGCCCGGCACUGCCACACAAACUUGUGGCAAUAUGUGACAUCUCGGCCGACACAGGAGGGUCUAUUGAGUUUAUGACGGAGUGCACAACAAUUGAGCGUCCCUUUUGCAUGUAUGAUGCAGAUCAGCAUAUUAUUCACGGCAGUGUUGAAGGCUCUGGGAUUCUGAUGUGUUCCAUUGACAAUUUGCCGGCACAGCUUCCAAUUGAAGCUACAGAAUACUUUGGAGACAUGCUUUACCCUUAUGUUGAAGAGAUGAUAUUAUCAGAUGCGACACAGUCUCUUGAGAGUCAGAAUUUUUCUCCUGUGGUUCGAGACGCAGUAAUUACAUCCAACGGCACGUUGUCUGAUAAAUACAAAUAUAUCCAGAAACUCCGAGAGAGCAGGGAACGCGCUCAGUCCCUUUCAAUGGGCACCAAGAAAAACGUCUUGGUUCUUGGAUCUGGAUACGUAUCUGAGCCUGUACUGGAAUACCUGUCAAGAGAUGACAGUAUAGAAAUAACAGUAGCCUCUGACAUGAAGAAUCAAAUUGAACAGUUAGGCAAGAAAUAUAAUAUUAAUCCUGUUAGCCUGGUCAUUGGGAAACAAGAAGAGAAGUUGCACUCCUUGGUGGCAGCACAGGAUCUGGUCAUCAGCUUGUUGCCCUAUGCGUUGCAUCCUCUUGUGGCCAAGGCGUGCAUCAUAAGCAAAGUUAAUAUGAUCACUGCAAGCUACAUCACCCCAGCACUGAAAGAAUUAGAAAAGAGUGUGGAAGAUGCCGGCAUCACAGUCAUUGGCGAAUUGGGAUUGGACCCUGGUCUUGAUCACAUGUUGGCAAUGGAAACAAUAGAUAAGGCCAAAGGCGUGGGAGCCACGAUUGAAUCUUAUAUUUCCUACUGUGGUGGGCUUCCAGCCCCUGAACAUUCAGACAAUCCUUUGAGGUACAAAUUCAGCUGGAGUCCAGUGGGAGUUUUGAUGAACAUAAUGCAGCCGGCCACCUACCUGCUCAAUGGACAGGUGGUGAAUGUUGUGGGCGGGGCCUCCUUUCUGGAUGCCGUCACGCCCAUGGACUACUUCCCCGGAUUAAAUUUGGAAGGUUAUCCAAACAGAGACAGCACAAAGUAUGCUGAGAUUUAUGGCAUUCCGUCGGCUCACACGUUGUUACGGGGGACACUGAGGUACAAGGGCUAUGCCAAAGCCUUGAAUGGAUUUGUAAAACUGGGUCUUAUAAACAGAGAUGCGUUUCCUGCCCUUCGACCUGAGGCCAACCCGCUCACCUGGAGAGAACUCCUCUGUGGCCUGGUUGGGAUUGCACCCACCUCCAAGUGUGAUGCGCUCAAGGAAGCUGUCUUUAAGAAGCUGGGAGGAGACCACACUCAGCUGGAGGCUGCUGAAUGGUUGGGCUUACUCGGGGACGAGCAAGUCCCUCAGGCAGAGUCUCUCGUGGACGCCCUCUCCAAGCAUCUGGCCGUGAGACUUUCCUAUGGCCCUGGAGAGAGAGACAUGAUUGUGAUGAGAGACAGCUUUGGAAUCAGGCAUCCUUCUGGACAUUUAGAAAGUAAAACAAUUGAUCUUGUGGUUUAUGGGGAUGUCAAUGGCUUUUCAGCCAUGGCUAAAACUGUGGGGUUACCCACUGCUAUGGCGGCCAAGAUGCUACUUGAUGAUGAAAUUCAAGCUAAAGGCCUGAUGGGGCCCUUUUCAAAGGAGAUCUAUGGGCCAAUAUUGGAGCGAAUUAAAGCAGAGGGCAUUAUGCAUACUACACGGAGCACAGUCAAAGCGUAAUUGAGAAUUAUAUUUUGUUUUUAACCUUCUCAGGCAACGUGGCUCUGAACAUUUGUGCAACAAACAUGCUUGCUAACGUGCUGUUUUAAAAUAUAAAGCAUGAUAUGUUUUGAUUAAGUCAAUACAAUAGUGUUUUUGAAAUAUAAAUCUCUAUUUUAAUAUGAAGACACUUGGCUCAAGAGACGUUGGUAAUGCCAGAAAACAUUAAUAAUUCUAUCAUGUAUUUUUUUCCCAUGUAUGUAAAAGCACGAAUGAUUGUGCUAUAUGUUAAUUUAUUAUAUAACUUUUUUCUUAUAGGAAUAUAUUUUCCUAUAAUCAGCAGAUGAAGUUUUAUUUUAUCUUUUCAGGAAGAUAAAGUUUCUUCAUGCUGCUUUCUUUUUGUAUUUUUAAAAUUGAGUCAGUUAGAUGCUUCUAGAUUACUUACCUGCAAACCUUUGCAGUAUUGCUUUUUUUUUUGCCUUUUUUGUUAAAAUUACGAUUUAUUUAGAAAAUGAUAUUUCUUGUAGUUUUCUUUUGAGUAUUUGGAAAAGGAAAUUGGUAAGAUUAAAUCAAAAUCCACAUGAUCACCUUACUAGGCACAGAAAAAGCAUUUAAGUGAAUCCAACACCUUUUCAUGAUAAAAACACUUAACAAACUAGGAAUAGAAGGGAACUUCUUCAACCUGACAAAGGGCAUCUAUGAAUAACCUGUGGCUAAUGUCAGACUUAAUGAUGAAAGACUGAAGGAUUUCCCCCUAAAAUCAGAGGCAAGACAAGGGUGCUUGCUCUUGCCACUUCUAUGCAACUUAUACUAGAAGGUCCAGCUGGGGUAAUUAGGCAAGAAAAUGAAAUUAAAGACUUCCAGAUAUUAGAAAGGAAGCAGUAAAACUCUCUCUAUUUGCAGAUGGUAUGAUCUUACACAUAGAAAAUCCAAAAGAGUAAGAAACUAUUAGAAUUAAUGCAUGAGUUCAGCAAAGUUGCAGGAUACAAGAUUAAUAUUCAAAAGUUGAUUGUGUUUGCAUACAGUGUCAAUGAAUGAAACAAAAGUAUUAUUAAGAAAAUAAUUCUAAGAAAAAGUGUCAAGAAGGAAUAGAUUGAGAGUUCAGAAAUAACUUAUAUUAUGGUCAAUUGAGUUUUUGAAAAAGGUGCUUAGACAAUUCAAUAGAGGAAAAUAGUCUUUUCAUCAAAUAUUCACAUGCAGGAGAAUCGGGUUGGACUCCCUACCUCACAGCACAUAUGAAAAAUUAACUCAAAAUGGACCAAAGACCUUAAAUAGAAGAGCAGACAUGAAACUUUUAGAUGAAAUCAUAGGUGUAAAUUUCCAAGGCCUUAGAUUAGACAAUGGUCUCUUAAAUAAUGACACCAAAGCACAAGCAACAAAAGGAAGAAAAUAGGUAAAUUGGAUAUUGGAAUUUAAAACUUCUGUGCUUCCAAGGAUACCAUCAAGAAGGCAAAAGACGACCUGCAGAAUGAGAGACAGUUUUUGCAAAUCAUUUAGAAAGUAAGAGAAGAACUUGUAUGUUCAAUUAAAAGAUAGCCUAAUUUAAAAAAAAAUGGACCAAGGAUUAGAAUUGACAGUUCUCCAAAGAAGAUAUACAAAAAACCAAUAAACACAUGAAGAGAUGCUCAGCAUACAUUAGCUAUCAGGGAAAUAACAAAUCAAACCAACAAUGAGAUACCACUUCAAAACCACCAACAUGGCUA